CGCUUAUAUUCUGUAAAGGAGGCCCAACUAGAGUCGUUUCCGGUCCAGGGAAGUUCUGGGUUCGGCACCAACAGGUGGUUUCUUUUUUCUUUUUUUCCCCAGGUGGUUUCUUCGGAAUCGGAGCUGAAUACAGUGACGUCAGAGUAGUGCGUGCGCGCGCGCAGUGACAGAUGCUCGCUCUCAGUCAACCAGGAAGUGGACUCCGGGACAGACUCACGUCAGGAUUCAAGACCGCCUCUGUCCCGCCACAUACCCGAGGUCCUCUGGGACAAGCUGAAGCAAUGUCUGGAUAACCAUCAGUCUGAUCCGCGAGCUUCAUCCAGAACGUCCAACAUGGCGCCGGUUCCUCCAGGGGUUCGACUGCUGGCUUCCUUUAACAAGGACCAAUGGUACCGAGCUUUGACCUUCUUUCUCACAUUCCUGCUCUACACCAGCUUCCACCUCUCCAGGAAACCCAUCAGCAUUGUGAAGAGCGAGCUUCAUAAGAACUGCUCAGCGUUUGGAGGCCAGGGCCCUUCCUCACUGCUGCUCCGGCCUGACAUGGACUGCAGCUGGAAACCUUUUGACAAGAAGAACUACAAGGAGCUGCUGGGAACGAUGGACUACUCCUUCCUGUGCGCCUACGCCGUCGGCAUGUACCUCAGCGGCAUCAUCGGGGAGCGUCUGCCCAUCCGGCUGUACCUCACCGUGGGGAUGCUGAGCAGCGGCUUCUUCACCUGCCUUUUCGGUAUGGGUUACAUAUACAACAUCCACAGCCUGAGCUUCUACAUCUUUGUGCAGGUGGCCAACGGCUUGGUCCAAACCACCGGCUGGCCCAGUGUGGUGACCUGCAUCGGGAACUGGUUUGGAAAGGGAAGGCGAGGACUCAUCAUGGGGCUGUGGAACUCCCACACCUCUGUGGGGAACAUCCUGGGCUCCCUGAUCGCCGCCUACUGGGUCUCCUCCAACUGGGGCCUGUCCUUCAUCAUCCCAGGACUCAUCAUCAUGGCCAUGGGGGUGGUCUGCUUCCUCUUCCUCAUCGAACAUCCCAACGACCUGAGGAGUAUCCACGCGCAGAACCUGCCUCCAGGCGUCCAGAGUGUUCCAGCCAAGUGCUGGAGCGGAGCCAACGGACACACCCAGGUGUACCUGCAGUACAAGCACCACAAAAACCAGGGUUGUGACACGGAGCUGCUGCUGCCUCAGGACGACGCCUGCAUCCCCUUGCAGCCUGUCAUGGUGGUGAAGAGCGGCGCCGAGCCCUCCGCCAUCAGCUUCAUGGGCGCGCUGCGGAUCCCAGGCGUGGUGGAGUUCUCUCUGUGUCUCCUGUUUGCUAAGCUGGUCAGCUACACCUUCCUUUUCUGGCUGCCACUCUACAUCACCAAAGCAGCUCACCUGGAUGCAAAGAGAGCCGGCGACCUUUCCACUCUCUUUGAUGUUGGGGGAAUUGUGGGGGGGGUCCUGGCAGGUGUGAUCUCUGACAAACUGGGAAAGAGGGCCACCACGUGCGCAGUCAUGCUGCUGCUGGCCGCCCCCACCCUCUACGGCUUCUCCAUGAUCAGCCAGUUCGGUCUGGGUCCAACCAUCGGGAUGCUGCUGGUCUCUGGAGCUCUGGUGAACGGCCCGUACGCCCUCAUCACCACGGCGGUGUCUGCUGACCUGGGGACCCACAAGAGCUUGAAGGGAAACGCCAGAGCGCUGUCCACCGUCACCGCCAUCAUCGAUGGGACGGGAUCUGUGGGUGCGGCACUGGGCCCCCUGCUGGCGGGGCUGCUGUCAUCGUACGGCUGGGAUAAGGUCUUCUACAUGCUGAUGGCGGCGGACUUCUUCGCCCUGCUGUUGUUGUUGCGCCUCGUGACAAAUGAGAUGACCUCGUCUAAAUCUGGUCCCAUUUCUCCCGUGGAGCUGAAGAAGCACUGAGCUGCAGGUCUGGACCUUCCUCUUCCUCGCCUGCCGCAGACGUUUUCUCCGUUCUGUGGAGUCUUCCUCUCUCGUCCGCGAUGAAGGAGCCGUUUACGGACCGUUUUCUGUUUACCUUUUAUUUAUUGUGGUCUUCGGUUAAUUUAUUGUGGAUCUGUCCACACCAAUCAUGAAGGUUGUGGGUGUAACCUGUGAGGUCACUUCCUGUGAGUGCUGAGGCGCCGUGCCGUCUCACGUGCACUAACUCGUGCACUUUUUUCAAAGCUGCGUGCCUUGUCUGUGGUCGUUUCCUGACUUUGCACUUGAUUUCUGUUUACAAAGACCCACUAGUGGGCGCGGUCCGUUUCUGGGAGCAAAUAAAUGUGGCCUUUCUUCUCUUCGGCGUCGUUUGUGUCCCAACACCUCGGUCCUGCUGGACCCGGACUUCAGAGGCCUCAUGACUGGUUCUGUUGGACCUCUGAGCCGCAAUGGCAUGAGAACUACAGUGUAAAAUUCUAAUCUUAGGACAAAAGUUUCAUUUUUUUACAUUUUAAGACCUAAAAAUGAGAAAAUUAAAAAAUUUUGAAUUCUA